CUUUUUUAUUCAUUACUACUCCGUCUUUCGUCACCCAAUCCCAUUGUUGAUUUCAUAAUCAAAAUCCAAUUUCUAGGGUUUUGCUAUUCCCUCCUGACAAAAGCUCGUCCAUUUCCACUACAACCCCUCGAAGAAAUUUCAGGGUUUUCUUAGUGGAAACUGAAAGAUUGAGCUUCAGAGAGAAACAAAAAUAACUUCAAACAAGCAAACUUAGGUAGAUUAUUAAAUUUAAAGGAACGAGCAAAUGUCGAGACCCCAGGUUACUAUUACCUUGGGGCAUACUGGUCAGGUUGUGAAGAGAACUCCUGGUUCAGGGGAGACAUUUCGUUCUGACUAUGGAAGUGUAUCUGGAAGUAAACGAUCAGUAAGAGAUAGAUUGGGGAACGGAGGAGAUCAACCUUACAACAACAAAAGGCAGAAGCAUCAAGGUAAUAGGAGUUUGGCUGAUGGUACCCAAGUUAAUAAAGAUGACCUAAGAUUCAAACUCUUGCGCAAAAAAGAACUUAGCAUGGAUCUCCGUGAAAAGUUGUCGAGAACAGUUUUGCCUCCAUUGAGAGUUGAUCCACGAGAGCGUGAGAGAGAUCCAAAGGAAACUGGUCUUAUAAGGCGUAUGCCUCCUGCAAGAAGUCAAGAUGACUUAGAGAUGGAAUCAUACAGGAAAUCUUACGCGGCCUGGAAUUUAGAUGGGUUAAGGCGUAGAUCCCCUGAUAGACUUGUAUGCACAUCUAGAUCUAGAGGUGUUUCGCCGCCAAGGGUAAUUCAAGUCCGUCGACAAGUUAGGCCAGUUGAAGCUUCAAGACCCUCUCCUAUGAUGAACAGAGAUGUCGUUUCUGUUCCGAGGCCAACAACUUUAGUGCGAAAACCUACCUUACCUGUUGAGGGUGCAAAGCCAGUACUCCGGCUUGCUCCACAAACUGCCUCUGGAGUAGUGCAGAAAAGCCCAUAUAUGGGUGAGCAACCAGUGCAACCAGUUACUGUCGCUAGCCUGUUGCAGACACUUGGUUUGAGUAAAUAUUCUAUCAUGUUUCAAGCUGAAGAAGUGGACAUGCCAGCCUUGAGGCAAAUGGGAGACAGCGACCUCAAAGAGUUGGGAAUACCUAUGGGACCAAGGAAGAAGAUUCUCCUCGCCAUUGCGCCUCGUGUCAGACGACAUCCGCCAAUGUGAUUACCGUUUCUUCAACAAAUAUAAGCAGGAGCAUCCAUCCUAUUCCUGUUUCCUGCGUUGCAACCUGUUUCAAAAUCUUGUACAUCAAAUUAAUAUUCAAAGGUGUUUUAUCAUCUUUCUGACUUUUACUGACAAUUUGUGAUGAGGGGUAGCAACCCACAAAUCUGUUGGGACAAUACGGAGAUAAAUGGGUUAUAGUGUUUACAGCUUACUUCUGGAA